ACAAUCCCCAACGCAUUCGGAGAGAAAAAAAAUCCUUAAACCCUAAAAAAGCCCCAAUGAAACCCAAACCCUUCAUUUCUUUUCCCAAUCUUUCCUCUUCUUCUAUGGCAUGAACCCCUCUUCUCUUACAAGAUUAAACCCUAAUUCUUGCAGCCCCAUGUCUCUCCCCUCCACUCUCCGUCUCUCCUCUCUUCUCCACCGUCUCCCUCCUCCUUCCUGCCGUUAUUUCUCUUUCCUCCACCACCGCUCCGUCUCCGACCUCCGCUUCUUCUCUUCCUCCCCCCGCAUCCGUCCAGUUGUUCAAUCUCGCCGCCGUGAGGAACCCCCCACUGAUGAUAGUGAGAAUGGGAGCCUGUUAGUGAAGGAUCCGAAUGGGGGUAGUCCAGGCGGUGGAAAUGGGCGGGUUGUUCAAACGGAGCUUCAUAAAGAGGCUACUGAGGCCUAUAUGGCUUAUGCUAUGUCUGUUUUGCUUGGUAGAGCCUUGCCCGAUGUUAGAGAUGGGCUAAAACCAGUUCACCGGAGGAUUCUAUUUGCAAUGCAUGAAUUGGGGCUUUCUUCGAAAAAGCCGUUUAAAAAAUGUGCUAGAGUUGUUGGUGAGGUUUUGGGCAAGUUUCAUCCCCAUGGAGAUACUGCUGUCUAUGACGCACUAGUUCGAAUGGCGCAGGAUUUCUCACUGAGAUGCCCUCUUAUUCAAGGGCAUGGGAAUUUUGGUUCGGUUGAUGCGGAUCCUCCUGCUGCCAUGCGAUAUACAGAGUGCAGGCUGGAUGGACUUACAGAGGCAGUUUUUUUGGCUGAUCUUGAACAAGAUACAGUUGAUUUUGUCCCUAACUUUGACAAUUCCCAAAAGGAACCUUCACUUUUGCCUACUCGGCUUCCAACUUUAUUGUUGAACGGUUCUUCUGGGAUUGCGGUUGGCAUGGCAACCAAAAUUCCUCCUCAUAAUCUUGGAGAGCUGGUGGAUGUGUUAUGUGCCCUAAUUCAUAACCCAGAAGCCACUUUGCAAGAGUUGUUAGAAUACAUGCCUGGACCUGACUUUCCAACUGGAGGAAUUAUCAUGGGAAAUCAAGGGAUCUUAGACGCAUAUCGAUCUGGGCAAGGACGUAUCGUAGUCAGAGGAAAAACAGAUGUUGAAUUGCUUGACUCGAAAACAAAGAGAAACGCUGUUAUCAUAAAAGAGAUUCCUUAUCAAACCAACAAAGCAUCGCUGGUGGAAAAAAUUGCUGAACUUGUGGAGGAUAAGAAUUUGGAUGGCAUUAGUGAUAUCCGUGAUGAAAGUGAUCGUUCUGGCAUGCGUGUAGUUAUUGAGCUGAAACGGGGGGCAGAUCCAUCAAUUGUGUUAAAUAAUCUUUAUCGUCUUACUCCUCUUCAGUCUAGUUUUAGCUGCAACAUGGUUGGUAUUCUUGAUGGACAACCUAAACAGAUGGGUCUGAAAGAGUUGCUUCAGGCAUUCUUAAACUUCAGAUGCUCUGUCGUUGAACGGCGUGCCAUGUUCAAGCUUUCUGAAGCACAGAAGAGAAGACAUAUUGUCGAGGGCAUCAUGGCGGGGCUUGAUAAUUUGGAUAGAGUGGUUGAUAUAAUUAGAAAAGCUUCAAGCAAUGCAAUUGCAUCCGCUGAUCUAAGGAAUGAAUUCAGCCUGUCUGAGAAACAAGCUGAAGCUAUUUUGGACAUAAGCCUAAGAAGGCUUACCCUUCUUGAGGGGAAAAAGUUUGUUGAAGAAAGUAAAUCAUUGAUGGAACAAAUAACUAAGCUAGAGGAACUACUGUCAAGCAGGGGAAAUAUAUUACAGUUGAUUGAACAAGAAGCAGUCGAGCUUAAAAAUAAGUUCUCCAAUCCAAGGCGUUCAAUGUUGGAGGACUCUGAUAGUGGUCAGCUUGAAGAUAUAGAUGUUAUUCCAAAUGAAGAAAUGCUCCUGGCAAUUAGUGAAAAGGGCUAUGUUAAGAGGAUGAAGCCUAACACGUUUAACCUUCAAAAUCGUGGAACAAUCGGUAAAUCUGUUGGGAAGUUGAGAGAUAGUGAUGCAAUGUCUGACUUCAUUGUCUGUCACGCACAUGACCGUGUGCUAUAUUUCAGUGAUCAGGGAAUAGUAUACUCGGCUCCUGCUUAUAAAAUCCCUGAAUGCACCAGGGCUGCUGCUGGCACACCACUGAUCCAGUUCUUAUCUUUAUCUGAUGGUGAAAGAAUAACUUCCAUUAUUCCUGUGAGCGAGUUUGCGGAAGAUCAAUUUCUACUGAUGCUUACUGUCAAUGGCUACAUCAAGAAAGUAUCUUUGAACUCUUUCUCAGCCAUACGUUCAACUGGAAUCAUAGCAAUUCAAUUGGUUCCUGGCGAUGAACUAAAAUGGGUCCGCUGUUGCACAAAUGGUGAUCUUGUGGCCAUGGCUUCACAAAAUGGAAUGGUCAUCCUCACUUCCUGUGAGAAUAUUCGAGCACUAGGUAGAAAUACAAGGGGUGGAGUGGCCAUGAGGCUAAGAGAAGGUGACAAGAUAGCAAGCAUGGACAUAAUACCAGCUUCCCUGCAGAAAGACUUGGAGGUGGCGUCAAAAGAUUCUGAGAACAACAACAAGGGCACUGGUCCGUGGUUGUUGUUUGUGUCUGAGAGUGGUCAUGGAAAGCGGGUUCCCCUCAGUAGCUUCAAGCAAUCACGUUUGAACAGAGUUGGAUUAAUUGGUUAUAAGUUCUUUGAGGAAGAUCGCUUGGCAGCUGUCUUUGCAGUUGGUUUUUCAUUGGCAGAAGAUGGUGAAAGUGAUGAGCAAGUGGUUCUUGUAAGCCAAAGUGGCACUGUCAAUCGAAUUAAAGUUAGGGAUAUUUCAAUACAAUCCCGCUUUGCAAGGGGAGUUAUUUUGAUGCGGCUGGAGCAUGCUGGCAAGAUUCAGUCAGCUUCAUUGAUCUCCGCUGUGGAUCCUGAAUUAGAGGAAUCGGCACCUGUGCCUGAACUCCUAUCCGAGACAUCAUUAUAACAAAUUCUGGGGAUCACUUGUAUAUGUCAUGUGCAAUUGGAUCUUGGGUUAAUCUUCCUCGUGCAACCUUGAAGACUUAGUUGGCUUUCCUGCUGUUAAUUAUUAGAGUACAAAAGGGAAUGUGGGUUAGACAGUGUUGGUGCUAGCUUGUUAGCUUGAUCAUUGUUAACUUUUCGGAUCACUGAUCUAAACCUCUGAAGAUCAUAGCUGGAGCACGCCCUUGAUGUGCAGCGUUAUGAGACAACUAUCAUAUCAAAAAAGUCUGUUCAUAUCA